CCGGCGGCGGCGCAGCUGGUGGGAAUCGGAAGCCGAGGGGCUCUAGCUUAGGGCGAUGGGCGAGUCCCGGGCUCUGAGCAGGGCCGAAGCGCUGCAGCUGGCGCCGCCCGACUGGCAGCACGCUUGCCAUGCCCUCCUGUACGCGCCUUGCCCCGGACGCCUCUUCGGGAAGUUCCCGCUGCAUUUCGCAGCGCUGGUGAGAAAUGAGCUGGGGGGGGGGACGGACAGGUGGAGAUCUGCCGGUUAGCAGGAAGAGUAAGCCCCCCCCCCCCCGCGAAUUAAAAAAAAUGGGCGUUUGCAGACCACGCUUGGCUUGCUCAAAGCUCCGCAGUCCCGCGACCCGUUUUUAAUGUCAGGGCUGCUUGCCUUGAACGGAAACCCAAGUGUUCCUGGAUGUUGCCUUUCGUUCACGGGCUGCUUUGGAAGGGAGGGCGGGAUAGAAAUUAAAUCGUGAAUGCUUCCUGCUAGUGACAGGCCUAUUUUUCAGAGGAACAGCGUUGUAAAUCUGUUGCAGCAGGAAGCGACGAAGAGGCUUGAAGACUAACGCGUUUAUUGUGCCACGACAGAUUUGUUAGACUUUAGCGUGUCCAUAGUUCUGGUUUACAAUGGCUUAUGGCUGCAAGCAAUAUUUAUUGAGGCUGCAGUUUGAGGCAGGUGUGAUUGAAUCACUGCUGCACUUAGAUAAUUUUAGAUUCCGGACUUAACGGUCUCCCGUCCCUGCUUCUUAGAAGGCAGCGUGUAUUAUUUAACUUAAACCUGUGGUAAGCCAGUCGUGUUGCUUUUGAGGGCCCGCCUGCUUCUUGAGCUGAGCUGGGGCCCUGGACCUUUUGCUUCCAGGCCUGAUGGUCCCACAGGACUGAAUGCUCAUCUAUUAAAAAAACCACACCACUAAGAAUAGUGACCUGGCAGGGGAAAUGACUAGCCUAGCCUAGCCUUCUUUUUGAUAGCUCCCCUCCCCCCCCCCCCAAGUUUAGCAACUUAGUGAUAAUUACUGGUAAGCUUUAGGGGGCAAAAGUUAUGUGCCAGAAGGUGUGAUUUUGAGGCAUGUAUUUUAGAAAUUAAACAGUGCUGUCUCAGAACUCCUGGUAUAAACACUGGGAUUGAUUUUGAUGAGUUUGAAGUGGGUGGGGAGGUGGGCUGUUAUCUUAAGACAGAUGAGCCAUCAACAAAACGAUGGUUAUUGUCUGGUGACAAGAAACCAGGUUGUGCUUGAACUCUGUAAACCUGUGGGCUGCAUUAGGGAUCCAAGUGAGAUCAGCAGGAAAAACUAACAGUUGCCAAUAAUUUCCUUUCUCAGCCUUUUCUAACAAGGACAUAAAGCAGCCCUUCGAGAGCACUUCUGUGUCAAAGGGAAGGGCAAGCAACCUUGCCAAAAGGGGGGCAAGACAUAGAAUCAUAGGGACCCUGAGGAUCAUCUAGUCCAACCCCCUGCAAUGCAGGAAUAGGCACCUGUCCCAUGUACUGGGAAUGGAGGAGAAAGGCAAAGAGUGUGGAGUUAGUUGAUUCGCCUUUGUAACAAAUGGCCUUCGCUGGAGCACACCAGUAAAUAAGAGGGCAGAAGAAGACCAGUUCCAACAAUUUCGGUGAGCAGGGAUGUUGAAAGCCUUCUGCAAAAGGCGAAACUGUACUGGAGAAAUUUGCAGGUGAUGAUGAACAGGAGACCCAGAAAUUGAAAAAAGUGAAGGUUAAGUGUUACUGAAUGGCAGAUGAAACUGGGUAUGUUUUAGAGCUAUCUUAGGGCAGUUCCAGACAACCUACCUCACAGGGUUGUUGUAAUGAUAAAAUGAGGGUGUGGAGGAUGAUGUAUGCAAACUUGAGCUCCUUGGAGGAAAGAUGAGCUAUAAAUGCAGUAAUUAAAUAAUAAGGGCAGGACCCCAAAUCCAACCCACCAUUUCAUAAAUCCAAAGUCAUAUCCAGUGUUGCUGCUUUAAGAGACCCAAAGCCCUGCUUUGUCUGUUCCCUUUGCAGAUGCAGAUGCGGUUCGAUGGGCGCCUGGGGUUUCCCGGUGGAUUUGUGGACCCGCAGGAUGUGUCUCUGGAGGAGGGUCUGAAUAGGGAGCUGCAUGAAGAGUUGGGCCCUGGCGCUGCCUCCCUGCACGUGGCUGAGGACCACUACUUGAGCUCCCAUGUGCCCGAGGGGCCACGGCGAGUGGUGACGCACUUCUACGCCAAGCAGCUUACCCUGGAGGAGCUCCGGACCCUAGAAGACAGGGCCACGCAGGCCAAAGAACACGGCUUAGAGGUGUGGGAAAUACAGGGUAGGGUGCGACUGGUCUUGUCUGGUUUGGAGACUGCCACACACUGGGCUGGUGUAUGUAUCCUGCAUUACGUAUUAUGAACUUCUGGGCCAAGAUAAUGCCAGUUUCGCCCCAGAAUCAGCUGAAUUCUGCAGCUUGCCUGAAUUACGUGAAUUAAGAAGAAUUAUGCAGAUUUUCUUAAUCUGAACAAUUUUCUCAUCUAUUUCCCCCAGUUUUGCAUAAUUUAUUCUGGCCUUAAUAGUCAUGGAGUGGAAGAAAGAGCUUUGCAGGGAGCUGAAGCCUCAUCUCUGAUCACUCAGCACCUUCUUUGGUUCCUGAGAUUUGACCAGGUUUUGCCCCAAAAUAUUCGGAAGCCACGGGGGCUAGAAACUGAUGUUGUUAUUUAAAGGAAGUUGAAAUCUUCAGGGAGCUAAAUUGUGUGCCCAAAUAUGAUAUUCUGUCCUCUUGCUGAACUCACAUACUCCUGGUUGCUUCAUGGGGGGGGGGGGGGAGAAGAGAAGGAGAGGAGGGAAGGGUUCAGAAGGGCAUUUUUGACCUGAUUUCCUUCCUCUGUGGCUUCAGGUGAUGGGGCUCAUCCGUGUCCCCCUCUAUACCCUGAGCGAUGGCGUUGGGGGGCUCCCAGCUUUCCUUAGCAACACUUUCAUUGGCAAUUCCCGGGAGCAGCUGAUUCACGCCCUGGAUACUCUUCAGCUCAUGCCAAGAGAGCAACUUCAGAAGGCAGUUACCAUGACUCAGAAGAGACCUUGAGUGUCAUUGGUUGUGGCUGCCACGUUCCAGCCUCUGACGGUUCUGUAACUGAAUUCCCCCAUGAACUUUGGACUCUUGAAUGGAGCGGAUGUAGCAGAGAAAUCCAAGAAUGUGGGAAGAGAGUGGCAAUGGACCUUUCCCUCCCCCUACCCAAGGUGAAUGGCUCAGUUCUGGUGAAUCUAACCCUGAAAAGGAUUUAAGCAUCCAGAUGCCUGUUUAAAAUAUUGAAGAUGGUAGGCAAGGGUUAAGAGAGUGAACCAUCUGAUCUUCUAUGUGUGUAGAUAUAUAAGACACACACACAUGGUUUCUUGCACUUGGAGAAUGGCACUACAAAUAACACACUGACUCAUCUGUGGUUUCUAUUUUUCCAUCUGUAAUUUCAAACCUUCUGUCUCUGAGUUCCAGUAUUUGUAUAUCAUGGAAGUCGGGGUUUCCCUCCCCACAAAAGCCCAUUGCACACCCCUAUUGGUGUAUUAUUACUUUAUCAUUUCACAGCUGGAGUCUGCCUUUCUAAUCUUUUACUAGUUCUUGAAGAAUGGCUUAAGACAUUUUGUGGCUCUUGACUCCUAUAAUAUUUUUUAUUAGCUCAUAUGGAAGUGGUAAAUGGCCACUAGAGACAGUCAUUAUGUGUCUCCCUCCCACUGGUUUCUCUUUUUCCAAUUUUGAUGAUGUGCUGACAUGGGUGUAAGAAUUGUCAAUUAAAGACUAGGAAGCUGCCAUCAUUCAGUUCAUCAGCAAAUAAAUAGUUGCAUAAUUGGUUUUGCUAUAUAUGGGCCUUGGAAACACAAACUUCUCUGCUUGGAACAAAUUAUGCACACUUCAUGGCACCAGUGUGAUUUACUUUUUGUUAAAUCUCUGGUUGCAGAAUUCAGAAUACCUUGUUGAGGACUGGGAGUGGAGUGGAAAAGGAAUGGAAGAGCACAUAGAGAUAAGUGCUGUAUGUAUCCCAUAAUAAUAUCCAUGCAUCCAUAUGGCAGUGGGACAGAACUCAGCCUCUGGAAGGUCUCUGCUAUCACUUGUUUUUAGAAACAAGUUUGUAAAUCUUGUACUGAUGAGAAGGGGCUUACAAGUUUUCUUUUUUUAAAAAAAUAUUUUUUAUUAAAGAUUUUCUUGGUUUA